GAGUCGUUAUCAAGAGCCCGCCUACAAGCGCAGGAGCGCAGGAAACAAGCUCAGUCGACUGAUCGUUGAUCAGACAGAGGCGCGCGCGCAAUACACCGUGUGGACACGAUCGACCGUGCUACGGCGAAACAAAAAUAAUUAAAUUCUUAACAGAAAUUCAAUAAUGAAAAUGAGUUUCACGAUGGACGCCGAAGCAGAGGCUGAUGCCCUGACCGCAAAAAUUAUCACAAUGGUAUGCCUGUUCGGGAUAUCCAUGAUAACUGGCUGCUUGCCAUUACUUAUAUCCCUAAAGUGGGACUGGUUCAAGACGGGAGAUGCCAACCUACGUAACUCCAAUCAGCUGGUAAUGGGUUUACUGGCAUUCGGAGGGGGAAUCCUGUUCGCGACCACCUUCAUGCACUUGUUGCCCGAAGUCGAUGAAAACAUUGAACAUUUACAAGAUGAAGGUGAACUUCCUGAGUUUCCAUUGUUCCUCGCCGGGCUGAUCAUGUGCGCAGGCUUCUUCAUGAUCUACUUAAUAGAGGAGUUGGUGCACCUGUACAUCAACAGUCGAGAGAAUAAGAAAAGGAAUAACUCCUUCGCCAAGCCUUUUAAAAUGAGGAAGAGUUCGUUGACCUCUGGCAGGUCUAUUGAGGCGGCUACUACUGCUGCAGAACUGAGUCAGAUCGAGGCUAAUGGGAAAAAAGAAGAGCAGAACCACUUGCCACUGCAAGACCAUGACUCUGUGGCUGGAGCGCUCAGGGGUCUGCUGAUUGUGUUGGCGCUGUCCAUCCAUGAACUGUUCGAGGGUCUCGCUGUAGGAUUAGAGUCUUCUGUAGCAAAUGUCUGGUACAUGUUUGCUGCGGUAUCUGCCCACAAGUAUAUAAUUGCGUUCUGCAUCGGCGUGGAGUUGCUCGCGUCAGGCACGAAGAAAUGGCUGUCAAUAGUGUACAUCUUCACUUUCUCCUUCAUGUCAGCUCUUGGUAUUGGAGUCGGGAUCCUGCUGGUCGGUGGCGCGGGCGCUGCUGAUGCCGGCGUCUAUUCCGUCGUGUUACAGGGUCUGGCGUGUGGUACCCUGGUGUACGUAGUGUUCUUCGAGGUAUGGAAGGGCUGCAACGGUCUAAUGCAGUUUUCUUGCGCUCUCUUCGGAUUCGCUGUCAUGGUCGGUCUGGAGCUCAUAGUCGAACUUGUGAUGUGAAAACACCACAACUGACGACUGGAACGACGUGGAAUCAUUGAAAUUGAAGUUAUAUUUAUAUUUAUACAUUUUCUACUUCGAAUAGUCACGUUUGACAAGUAAAUACAGUCAACCGAUAAAAAUUAAUGUGACAAAAUGUCCGUCUAAGCAGUAUUGGCUCGUUGCUUAGAAAAUCCUGGUGUAAAAUGGGUUGGACGUGACUAUCCGAGGCUAUGAAAGGUACCUAGUCAAUGUAAGUGCUACUCAGUCUGUCAGUCGACUGAGUAAUUCUAACGAUACGGUCCAGUUAGUUCCUUGUUUAUAAUAUUGUAAGUAUGUAAAUAAACGUU